AUGUCUGAUGCCGAGGAUCCCAUUGACAACUUUGUCGACGAUGCCGGCGACGAUCUGUUCGGCGAUGGCGACGAGGAAGUCAACGAUGCCGUACUGGAUGAUGAGAAGGAGGUGAGCGAGCGCGAUGUCGCGUCGGACAACGAUGAGGAUGAGUACACGCGCCACCGCGAUGGGGAGUCGGAGCCGCGUGAAUAUCGCGAAAAGCUUGUCGCAGAGGUGCCGUUGUACCGGCAUCGCAUUCCUCGCUCGUCAGAUGGCAGUUUACACUCCCUCCGCGUCCCCGACUUUAUCAAAUUUAAUCCCAUGGAGUACAAGCCUGAUGAGUGGGAGCCCAGCAAAUGGGACCUCGAGAAUGCGAAAGCCGAGAACCCAGUUCCGUCUAUCCUGUUCCGCCGCGACCCGAAGACUGGAAAGAUGCAGAGCAAUGCAAAUAUCUAUCGCUGGAGCGAUGGCUCGGUGACCCUAGCAAUCGGCAACGAACACUACGAACUUCAGGCCAAGCCGCUGGCACCCCCGCGCAACAAGCCAUAUAAUGAGGUGCAGGAUGCGCAUUAUUAUGUGGCAGCAGCCCACCUGACAACUAACAGUCUGCUCAUCGUGGGCCACCUGACCGAGCAGUAUACUGUGCGCCCGAACAAGGAGCUCCAGGACCAUGCAUUGGAGCGUCUCAAAGCCAAUUUGGCCGGCGCCAGGAAGGACCGAAGCGCCGAUAUGAUCAUCGUCACCAAUGAAGACCCAGAGUUGCAGAAGAAACAAGCUGAGCUUGCCGAGAAGGAGCGCAUGAAGCUCCAGCGCCGCCGGGAAACUGCCGCAGCCCGUGCGGAGGGAGUCGGACGGCACAAAGGGGGAGCGCUAUCGAUUGGCGAUCUCGAGGGUCGUCGUGGCCUUGGCGCGGGUGCUGCCGCUGGCCGGAAGCGCAGCGCGCCCGGAUCAACGACCAAAAAGAAGCACCGUCGCCCUGAUUACGAUACCGACGACGAAGAGCCGAGAGGUCGGCGCCGUGGCGACCAUUACGACAUGGACGAUGGCUUCCUCGUCGACAGCGACGAGGAAAGCGAAGAGGUUCCCGAUGAUGACGACGAGGAGGAGCCUAUUCUUGACGACAACGAUGACGAAGAUGAUGACGAAGACGAUGAGGCGCCCCGGGCUAAGAGGCAGCGGACCUCAGAGCCCGAGGAGGAAGCUGAGCGCGAGAGGGACGCUCCGGUGCAGAAAGGUCGGAGACGGCGCGUCAUCCACGACGAUGACGACGAUGAGUAA